AAAAAGAUGCAUAUAAUAAAAAAGAUACGCAUAUAAGCCAAAAAAAUGACGCAUAUACCCAGUACAACAGCGGAAUAUUUGACACAGAGGCUCAAUCAAUUAGCAUGUAAAGAAGUUAAUCAGGAAACAAAUAAUUGCUGUAAGGAGAAACGGAGAAAGAACUCCAAAUCGUGUCCAGGCAUAUCAUUAUUAUCAAUGUUUCUUUCAUCACCAAAAGCAAGUCUUCCUGAAAUAUCGAAUGUUGAUCUUUUAUCAGAUCACGAGUCAACAAGUGGGCAUUCAACACCAACGCCACCUUUGAUGCUUCGACUUACGCCGAAAUCGAAUGUUAAAUUUGUAGCGCCGCCUCGAAAAUCAAAUGUUCAUGAAUUAGUUCAUACGUUAUCACCAAUUCUGCAACAACCAUAUUUUCCUCAUAUUUCUCAAGCAGAGCCUAUAGAAGAUAAAUCUCAAUAUUAUGUUCGAUUUACAGCGGUUCAAAAGGGGGAGAAUAUGCAGGCACAAGUAUCAAAGCCUUCAAAAGAAGAAUUAAUGGUUUUUUCAAAAAUAAACUCAAAAAAAAUAUUAAAAAAUGGAUUAAUAAAGGAUGAAAAGAAAAGUAUAGAUAUUUCAAAUGAUUUAAGGGGGGGAUCAAAACCGUCAAUCAAGAUUCUUCUAGAGAACGUACUUCCAAGAGAAAGAUUAAGUUUUGUAGGAAUUGAAGAUGAGACAGAUGAAGAUUAUGAAGGGUUGGAGGAUGAGGAAGAAAAGGAAAUUCAAGAAGAGUUGGAAGAUGAGGAAGAAAAGGAAAUUCAAGAAGAGGCAGAUCAUUUAUAUAAAAGCUUUUAUGGGAAUCAAAAUAUCGAAAAAACAAACCUUAAUAAUAUAAGAAAUCAUUCAUUUGAACCUGCUUCAUAUGAAGAAAUGGUUGCAACCUCUUACGAUUCUUUAAAAAAAUCUUCAGUUUCAUUAAUUGACUGCGUUAAUCAAUCUUUUGAAUAUCCUCCAGCUUCAUCUAGGAGUAAUAAUUUUCAAGACGAUACGGAUUUUAUUUUUGGAAAUUUAGAUGAGGAUCAACUUGUUUCCCCUAAAGAGGGUUCAGAUAUUCGAAGAUUUACGAAGGAAUUCAAGAUAGUAACACCACAUGAUAUUGAUCCUACUUUCCCAUAUUCUGAUAUAGAAGAAAGUGACAGCGCAGACAAUAGCUUUUCCGAUGUACAACAUACAUUAUAUCAUCAUUCACCACCAUUCAGGACAAAAAAAAAUAAAAAAAUAUUAUCUAUUAGAUCAUUACCAGGGCAAAAAGAAGGAUUUCAUGAAAAAGAAUAUUUUAAAAAAUAUUUUAAAAAAAGCAAAAUUCAUACUAUUAAUAUACCAUUACAUAAGAAUAAUCAUCAAAAACAUUCUGAAAACAAUAAAAACAAGAUUAAAUACCCUUAUAGAGUUAAAGAGAUUAAAAAAGAAACUAAUAUAUAUAAUCCAAUGGACUCUUUCUAUAUAAGUUUUUAA